UUUACGUUUCUUCAAACACACAUAGCUAGUAAGAAAGCAAAACACAACUCUUCAAAACUUUAUCCAAAGUCUUGUUUGGUUGUACAUACAAGGAAAUUUAUCAUCACAAAGGUGAAAGUAGAAAAGUAGAAGAAAAAAGUAGCUUAAAAUUUUUUCAUUUUUCUUAAGAGAGCUUAAUUAUUUUAUUUUUCUUCAAGUUGAAAACAUGAAACUAGUUUUUUCCUACACAUAUAUCAUGAAUAUGAGAGUGUUGGUUCAGUGUAGCAAAUGAUGGCUGGAAACCCUAACUGGUGGAACAUGCAUCCACAAUCUUUGAAUAUCCCUCAAUAUAUGCUUGGAUCUUCUUCAAUCCCUUUCAAUUCCUUGACAGAAAAUGCUGAAGUUAAUCCCCAAUCAUGGAGUCAACUACUUUUUACUGGACUACCUGGAGAAGAAGAGAGGCUUGGUUUCGAUCAUUUUCAACCUAAAAACACAGAAAACUGGGAUGUUCAAAUUCUGAAUCCAUCUUCAAGAGCUCCUUUUAUGGAUGUGAUAAAGCAUGAAGCUUCUCAGAGUGAGAAUUUCUAUAACCAAGGGCAUCAUGAAGAGUUUAAUACUUCUGGACUUGGUUCGUCUUGGUCACACAUGGUGCCGGUUUCUUCUCCAAGCUCUCAUGUCACUACUAGCUUGAGUAGUGAUAAUAUAUUGGAUUUCACUUAUAACAAGCUAGAUCAUAGCAAAAACCAACUACCAGAUCAAAUAUCUGAGUGUAAUAGUUCAACUGUUGGAGUUAAUAAGAAGGCUAGGGUUCAGCCAUCUUCAAGCCAACCACCUCUAAAGGUGAGGAAGGAGAAGCUAGGUGAUAGAAUAACAGCACUUCACCAACUAGUUUCUCCAUUUGGAAAGACUGACACAGCUUCUGUAUUAUUAGAAGCCAUUGGAUACAUCAGAUUUCUGCAGAGUCAAAUUGAGGCACUAAGCUCUCCUUACUUGGACACUGCAGCUUCAAAAAACAUCAUGAGGAAUCAACAUUCUGUGCAUGUUGAAAGAAAUUCUGUGUUUCCUGAGGACCCUGGUCAGCUGUUGGAUGACACUGGCCUAAAAAGAAAGGGUGCUCCAAUUCCAAACGAGAAUGUAGAAGGUAAUAAGGCAAAGGACUUGAGGAGUAGAGGGUUGUGUUUGGUUCCAAUUUCAUGCACACAACAUGUUGGAAGUGAAAAUGGAGCUGAUUAUUGGGCACCAGCAUUUGGAAGUGGAUUUUAAUUAACAUGCAUGAUGAAGAAAAUUUGUGGGUGCUAAUAUUAAUAUAACAUCAUGAGCAGUCAUUCUGUGGUAAUUAUGAAAAGAUUGAUUGCUCACGAUGCUAUAUAAUAAUAACUGGAAUAUUAAAUCCUCUAAUCUAAUUAAUUAUUAGAUGAUAAUCUAUUAUGUUUGGUUCAAAACUUCAAUUAAUAUGUAAGUUUUCUUCUUCUAAAUAUGCAUGCUUUUCUGCUGAGUUGAAAUUA